CCUGCCAUGAGUGCAGGCAGCUCGCAUCCUACAGCCUGGUGUCACGAGGGCUUUCCUGUACCCCUCGUGCUCUCUGUUGGGGUGCAUGCAAAAGGAGUGCAUUUUACUGAUUUCCUGGGGACACCAAGUGAGUGUCCGGCACCAGCCUCUUGCAGCAUGGAUACAGCAUGGGAGGCUGGGACCACAGCAGGACGUGGGCAGCCCUCAUGUGCGGAUGCUGCCCUGAGCUUCAUCACGGCUGGUCGCGGUAGCAGAGGAGGUCCUGUGGGAGUCUUUGCAAGCACAUCCCUACGGGGUAUGGGGGUGCAGCUGGACACUGAGCUGCCCAUCACACCAGUCCCGAGCCCCUGCCCGCUGUGGAAGGAGGGGCUACUCCCCUCCCAAAAGAGAUGGGAAAGCACCCACUCCUAGACCAGACUCUGUAGGAUUAGCCAGAUUAGAUGUCCAGCUCCUGGGUGGUUAAAGAUAGGCACAGAAAUCCCUCUGUGACAGUCCUGGGCUGGGGAGUUCACCAUUUCAAGCCCUGCUGAGAUCAGCCCAGAGCUGAUUUAUACGCUUCCUGGUGGUGGGCUCGGGCGAGCCGGGCUCUGCCUGCGCUGCGGGUCGCUGCGCCCAGAUGGAGAACAAACUUUCUGUAAAUGCAUUUAAAUUCAAUAGCAGACAGAAAGAGUGAGCAAGUGUGGGAGUGCAAAGGUAAAGGUUGGAGGUCCGGGAAUGGCAGCGAACCAGAGCUGCACGGACUUUAGCCUGUCAUUUAAAUUUGUGGCUAGAGAAACUCCAAGCAAAGGACGGACGAAUCCUGAAUGGAAAAGGCGCAGCGUUGCCCUGAAAAGGACACCAUGGUGCGACGAGUGGCUGUAAUCGGGGCUGGGGCCAGUGGGCUGGCCUCCAUCAAGUGCUGCCUGGAUGAAGGGCUGGAGCCCACCUGCUUUGAGAGGAGCGAUGACAUCGGGGGGCUCUGGUGCUUUACUGACACAGUGGACUGUGGGAGGACCAGCGUGUACCGGUCAGUCAUCACCAACACCUCCAAGGAGAUGUCCUGCUUCAGUGACUUCCCCUGCCCAGAAGACUUCCCCAACUACCUUCCCCACCACCAACUCCUGGAGUACUUCCGGAUGUACGCUCAGCGCUUCGACCUCCUGCGGCACAUACGCUUCAAGACAACAGUUUGCAGCGUGAGGAAGCGCCCCGAUUUCUCCACCUCGGGCCAGUGGGAUGUCGUCACUGAGACCGAAGCGGGCCAGGAGUCGCACAUCUUCGACGCUGUCAUGGUUUGCACUGGCCAUUACCAGGAGCCCCUUUUGCCCUUGGCUUCUUUUCCAGGUAUUGAAACGUGCUUUAAAGGCCGGCACCUCCACAGCAGGGAGUACAGAGAUGCAGAGGGUUUCCAGGGAAAGCGAGUCCUCGUGGUCGGCAUCGGGAACUCCGGCGGCGACAUCUCCGUGGAGCUGAGCCGCGUGGCUGCAAAGGUAUUUCUCAGUGCCAGGAGCAGCACGUGGGUGUUCAGUCGUAUUUCGGAUCAUGGUUUUCCUUUUGACAUGGUUGUUACCACGCGCUUUAAGCAUUUUCUCGACUGGCUUCUCCCAUCAGCCAUCAUGGAAAGGAUCAGGUUUUGGAAGUUCAACUCAUGGUUUAACCAUACAAACUAUGGCUUGGCUUCUGUUAAAAGUUCCAAGUUUAACAUAAUUAUAAAUGAAGAGCUGCCAUUUUGCCUCCUCUCUGGGACUGUCGUGUUGAAACCAACCGUGAAGGAGUUCACUGAAAGCUCGGCUGUUUUUGAAGACGGGACAACCGAAAACAUCGACGUGGUGCUCUUCGCCACGGGAUACGCAUUCUCAUUUCCCUUCCUGGAAGACUCUGUUCGCAGCCUCUUCAAACAUAGCUGUUCCCUCUAUAAAUGCAUCUUCCCUCCGCAGCUGGAAAAGCCCACGCUGGCCUUCAUCGGCUUAGUACAACUGACAGGCUCUGUGAUGGUGGGAGCAGAAAUGCAGGCUCGCUGGGUGACGGGAAUCUUUGCCGGCUCCAACAAGCUGCCUCCCGUCAGCAGGAUGAUGGCAGAUAUUUCAAAGAAGGAGAAGCAGCUGGUCAAAAGGAAUCCUGCUGAGGUGAACAUGUGGAUGAGUUUUAUCAGCUACACAGAUGAAAUUGCGUCAUGUGCCGGCAUAAAGCCUAGCGUGCUGAGGCUGCUCCUGACGGACCCCCGGCUGGGCCUGGCAGUGUUUUUUGGCCCCUGCUCACCCUACCAGUACCGCCUGGUGGGACGGGGCCGCUGGAGCGGGGCCAGAAGCGCCAUCCUGACUCAGUGGCAGCGGGCUCUGAAGCCCUUGCGAACCCGCGUCAUAGAUGACUCCUCCGACAGCUCCUCCAGCUUACCCUGGCUGUGUCUCCUUGCCCUGCCUGCGGUUCUCGUGGCGGGUUUCCUCUUUUCUAAAUAUGCCCGGCCAUGGUGGAUCCCCAGGGCAGGUUUCCAUCUGUAGAAGAAACCCGGCAAAACAUGAUCUGGGGACAGUGCAGAGCUGUGCUGCUGCAAGGCGGCUUCAGUGGUGUCUGGGACUGUCACACACGCUGUCCCCAAGGGUGCCAGGAUAAGGGCUGGCUCCUGGGCAUGCCACCGAAACGGCGGCCACCGUCUCCUUCUGCUUCCAGGCAGACCAGGUGCACUUGCAAUUUGCAUUUCGCUGCACCACCUCCGGAGGUGAACUUUGCCGAGGAGAAAGCCAUCUGCAACCCCCUGCUCUGUUCUCGCCCCCAAAUCUGGCUGCUUUGCACAAGCAUCGGGUUGGCUCUCUACAGGCCUUUUGGGGAGAUCCUGAAGCGCUGGUCUGCGUGGCCAACGCAUCUGUGCGGGGGCCUCGUGCCUCAACUCAAGGCAGGAUCUCAGCAACAGGUCUAAGCCUGGGCCAGUAUUUCUUGGCCCUCUGCUUGGCUCAAGCCCUUUCCAUAAAUCUUCAGCAAGGUCCACGAAUCAAUGAGAUUUUUGAAACGCUCAAUGUUUUUUUAUUUGCCUCGUGUCUU